UUUCACACUCUCAUUUCGUCUCGCUGCUCAGAGAUUUGAGAGAAAAAGAACACAGAAAGAAAGAAGAGAGAGGGGAGAGAAUUUGAGGGAAAGGCUCUGUGUUGGAGAGCGAAGAAUUCAGAACAGAAUUAGCUCCGACAAGAAUCACAGACACCCCUCAAAGCAAAAUACUCUCUGAAGUCUUCAAAUAAUUUGUUCUCUCUUCCUCUCUCGACGUUUGUUAAGAAAAACUCGCAAAAGGGGGUUUAGCGGAGGGAUUUAUGUCUUCUGAGCUUCGUCUGUCCUCUGGAGCUUUGAAGCAGCUCUGGUUUUCUUCUUCGCCUCUGUUUUUCGCACUUCACAUGCAAUUUGAUUCUUGGCAACAACAAAGUUUUCGACCCAUUUUCAUGCAGUUAAGAUCAAAUCGGUCUUGUUCUGGAGUGAAGAGAUUUCAAGAUUCUUUCAGAUAUCAUAUUCUUUUCUCAAUUUUGGUUCAUUUUUGUUUCAGGGUUUUGGGUUUUCGUUGACAUCAAAGAUCGCCUAAAACUUUCUCUGCCUUCCAUUUCCCGGCCACCCUCUCAAUUUUUCACCCUUUUUCCUAAAACAAGUUUUGCCCUCGUUUAUUUGUUCAUUAUAGUUUGAGGAUAAAACGUCGUGAUUCCAAAGACAGUUUCCAAUCGGCGAUAUGUAUGGUAAAGAAGAGAAGAAAAUGAAGCACCUAAAAGAAGGAAAAUCCAGUUCUGUUAGGAAAAUUCGUGUACUGUUUCACGAUCCUGAUGCCACCGACUACUCAAGUGAAGAAGAUGAACGUGUCAAUGUCAAUCAAGGGGCUAAGAAGAUUGUUUGGGAGAUACCGUUUCCCGAUAUCCACCGAAAACCAUCCAAGGAGAGCUCACAGAAAGAAAGGACUGAUAGAGGCAAAUUCAAAACCAAGACUGAAGUAAAAGAAAGCAGUAGAAGCACACAGAGAUCAUCAUCGAUGUAUAAAGGCGUUCGACGAAGGAAAUGGGGGAAAUAUGCGGCAGAGAUUCGCGAUCCUUUUCGCGGUCGAAGAUUAUGGCUCGGUACUUAUAACACUGCAGAAGAAGCUGCUGUUGCUUAUCAGAGAAAGAAGCAUGAGUUUGAAAGUAUGCAAUCCAUGGAGAAUUACAGCAGUGAGCUAAGUGGAGAGAAAUUUGAGGAGAAGAAGAUCAGAUCACUUGUUGAAGACACUGUUGAAUCUGCAGAAAUUAUGGCAAUGUUUUCCCAUCCUUCACCGUCAUCAGUACUUGAUCUGUGUACUGGAAGUUUAUGCAGCAAUGGACUCAAGAAUGUAAUUGAAGAAUUCAAUGUGGAUCACACCAAGGAACAUACAAUCACAGAAAAAUGUAUGGUUGUGCUUGAUGGAGUUGAAGACAUGCUGGAAUCCAUCUAUAAAGAAGAGCAGUCCAUUUCAAACAUCUUGGAAGAGACACCGAUGCCAAUGGCGAUGCCAAUACCGCCAUUAGAUGACCGUGAAUUGGAUUUUCAAGUUCUUGAAGACAAUGCACUGAUCUGCAACGAUUUCGAUCAGUUAUCUGAUGAUAUGAACUACAUAGACAAUUGUACUCUAUACAACAUCGAAAACAGUCUCGGGGCACUCGAUCUUCCUCCGAUGGACAUAGAAUUUGACAAGGAGUUUUCUUGGUUUGACGAGACGUUGAGUAUAUCAUGCAUGUAAGUUUUGCAGUUAGGAGAUAUUAGUAUUGAGAGCAGUAAAAAAGGGAAAAAAAAAAAAAAAAAAAAGAGAUUGUCUUGAGUGAAUUUGAUCUAGAAAAUAAAACCAUUGUGAGGAUGCAAUCUGUGAUAAUGUUUUGGUAGAGGGAGAGAGUUCUUGGGUUUUUCUUUGUGCUUUUAGAGCCGUCCAAGAUAUUUUUUUUGUUCAACUCUCAUUUGUACUGCUAAGUUAUAUAAUUGUUAUCGUCCAUGCAAGUCUGAUAAGUUUUGCCUGCUGCUCUGCACCAAUUGUAUAUUCAGAAACUGUCAUUUUUAUU